AUGGCUGUCAAGACUGAGCCUUUUCUUCUGGAACGAACUGUAUAUGUCGGCAUAGCUUUAAUUAUCCCAAGUUAUUCGAUUUAUAAGCUUUUUAUCUCUUCGAAAAGUCCAGGUGAAAUAUUUUUUCAAAUUAUAAUGACAAAUUCAGUAAAUCUAAAUUUAUUACGACUGAAAAAUGUUAGUUUAACUCAAAAUUUGGUGCUAAUGCAAGAUGCAGCUGAAUUUCAGUGGACGUUGCUUCCGUUGUGGAUGAGUUUUGUACCUUAUCUUUUACUCUAUUCGAUCGUAUCAUCAUUCGUUUUUGCGUUGGUGAACAAAAAAAUAUUCAAAUGUUGUCGAAUAAUAUUAUCAAUUUGGCUAAUAAAUUAUUUGGUGGGUUAUAAAAUCCUAAUGGACGUCUUUUUGAACAUAUUAUGCUUUUCAUGCAUAAGUUAUUUGGUCUCUGGAAACUGGCUCUUGAUAUGGGCGUUUGCAGUUUUAGUGGUUCAAGCAUCUGAAUCCUUUGAAUCAUCGUUUGACUUUGGAUUGAUAUCAUACGACUGGUAUAUGAUCUUGUAUGCGGCGCAUUUUUAUAUAGUUCUACGUAGUUUAAGUGUGGCGUUAUCGUUCCAUAAAUGUUCGAACAAUUUUAAGUCAUCUUUUGUCAAAAAGACAGAAAAAGAGGAAUCAAUCAUUAACUGUGCCCCUAGAUCCUCACUAGAAAGUUUAUUGGAUGUAUUAGACUAUUCUUUAUACCCUCAUUCAUUGCUGUUAGGUCCACUCGUCUUGUAUUCAAAUUGGGUUAAUUUCUGGGAAAAUCUUGAUAGUUUACAUUCCAAUCAUCUGUCACCCAGUUUUAGAACAUUACUCGACACACUGAUAUCACUUGUUUCCAAAGCUAUCCGGUUGAUAUUCUGGAGCUCAUUUUGGUCAUUAUGCCUUUGUAUAGUUUAUCCGAAUUCAUUCGGUUAUUUGAUUUCUUAUGCACAAAUUAGUGAAUUAUCUAUACAAAAUAAAUCAAAUCAGUACUAUCUUAUUAUUGAUCGUGGUACAGUGGGUGCGAGUAUUUAUUUACGUAGUUUACAUUUAUUCAUUAUAUAUUUACAAUUUUAUGGAUGGCCAUACGUACUUUCAAAUUUCGAAUGCCUACUCAUAAAUUUGUUACAGAAAUUAUUGAAUAUUCUUCAAUCAUGUGGGCGAAACACCAAAGCUACUACUGUCACUGAUCAAACAAGAAAAUCUCAUAGUGACCCAAGCCUAAUUCAGGUUUCGUUUAUGCCUGAACCACCAGCAUGUCUCUUACAUUUCCUUCUGAUUUCUGAAUGUUGGCGGUCAUUCGAUCGCGGAUUGUACAAUUUCAUUAAAUCUUAUAUUUUUAUACCUGUUAUGAAGUUCAAUUUAUCGUCAAAUUAUAAACAUUCAUUACUAUUAAUUCCCUUUCCUAUCAUUAAAAAUUGGUUAGCGCUUACUUUAUCCUAUUCAUUUGUUCUUUUAUAUCAUGGAAUUGAUAAAACAAAUGCAAUUUGGUUAUCGACAAAUUUACUGCUUUUAUUUUCUGAACGUUCUGUGAAAUGGAUUUAUCGAUGUACUAAUCUUGGAUUAGAAAUUCGUCAUCAGUUGUCUGAUAGAUGGAUUCGACGUCUUUCACUGUUACUUUGUGCAACCAGUGGAAUUUUUUCAGUUUUGGGAAAUUUGCACUUCCUCUUCGGUUCGAAAGUUGCAAAUCAACUAGCUGUGUGGUUGAUAUAUGAUCCAACUCUACGUUUCACAGUAUUUGUGUAUUUCUAUUGCCAAAUGAAUUUUGUCACCGAUUUAAGAAGUCUAUUCCCAUCGAUCAGACCACAUUUUGAGAAAAAGAUUCAAUGA